ACCAGGCAGCAAAGGCAGCAGCAGGGACGAAGGCGAAUGGAGGAUGCUGAUGUUUCAGGUGAGAUUCUGCUGGAUUUGGUGAUAAUUAAACUGAAGUGAAGGCAGUGAGACGUUCCCAGGCGUCCCCCGCUUUACAGCUGAAAGGAAGAACACUGACAGCAAUAUGCAAGCAGCAUGCGGUGACUGAAACUGAGGCCUGAAGGUGCAGUUGUUCCGGUGGCAGCGGCAGGCAUCCAGCUUAGAUGAAGGAUGAAGAGCCCGGUGCACAGAUGCAGGGAUGUGGAGCAUGGGCGUGGGCUGGCCGGGGCAGGAACCAACUGCCUGCAGGCCGAGCAGCGCAUCCCUAUCUCCAAAGAUGUCAUCACGUCCUCUUCCGCCUCGGCCAUGUGGUUCAUCAGGGACGUCUGCGGGAUUGUGUGUGCUGUCAUCACCUGGCUGCUGGUGUUGUACGCCGAGUUUGUGGUGCUGUUUGUAAUGCUGCUCCCCUCCAAGAAUCUGACGUACAGCAUUGUGAACGGGACUCUGUUCAACACUCUGGCCUUCCUUGCCCUCGCCUCACACCUCAGGGCCAUGUGCACUGACCCUGGUGCUGUGCCAAAAGGGAAUGCUACUAAGGAAUACAUAGAAAGCCUUCAGCUGAAACCAGGGCAGGUGGUCUACAAGUGUCCCAAGUGCUGCAGCAUCAAGCCUGACCGAGCACACCACUGCAGUGUUUGCAAGCGCUGCAUACGAAAGAUGGACCACCACUGUCCCUGGGUCAACAACUGUGUUGGGGAGAACAACCAAAAGUACUUUGUGCUUUUCACAAUGUACAUUGCACUCAUCUCUCUCCACGCUCUGCUCAUGGUGGUCUUCCACUUUCUGUACUGCUUUGAAGAUGAUUGGACAAAGUGCAGUUCCUUCUCUCCUCCAGCAACAGUCAUCCUCCUCAUACUCCUGUGCUUUGAGGGCCUCCUCUUCCUCAUCUUCACCUCUGUGAUGUUCGGCACCCAAGUCCACUCCAUCUGUACCGACGAGACUGGCAUAGAGCAGUUGAAAAAGGAAGAGAGAAGAUGGGCUAAAAAAACUAAGUGGAUGAACAUGAGGGCGGUAUUCGGACACCCUUUCUCCUUAUUGUGGUUUAGCCCCUUCUCCACCCCCGACCACGGGAAGGCUGAGACCUACCAGUACGUGGUGUGAGGGCUCAGCGCAGGGAGCCAGGUGGUUGGGUCAGAACCAAAGUGGGAAGGCCGGCCCAGCGCCAUUGAACUCAGCUCUGGCAGCCCGUUUGCUGCCGCUGCUCAACGCCACUUACACUGUAUAUCCCACACUAGACAUGGACAGCUUUUCAUGUGCUUUUAUGUUGCCAACUAAGUGCGCUAUCCGUUUAUUUUUGUGUUGCCUUGAGUGAGUUGAGUUGCAGAGAAAAAGAAACACUUUGAUUUUGUGACUCCUGUUUGCAAACACUGUGAUGAAUCCGUUGUUUUUUCUUUCUGAUCUCCUUCUCUUUCUGUUGUAUCUUUUCUCUUGCUCUGUUACCUCUUGCUUGUCCUUGAAGGGUCAGUUCAACUAAAUUCCAAAAAAAAACCUGUUGUCCCAUUUUCCUGGUGGUUUCUGGCCAUGCAGAUAGAUUGUUAGCACUAUAUUUGUCAACUAAUAUGCAAAAAUAGGAAAUUAUGUAUUAGGUAAGUGACAAAUAGUUAUUUGCAUGCAUGUAAUGCAGGCCUGACUGGGGCUUGUGAUAUUAAAAUCAGCUCAUCUCCCCCACAGAAAGAAAUCCCAAUCAUUGUCUUAAGUUUAAAAAAAAGUUGCAAGGAAACACUUUAACUGCGAGAUCUUUUCUGAAUAACUAGCAAAUUGUUUUUAGACUUUCAACUUGCUGCUGAGUUCUGAAACCUCAAACAACAUCCCACCCUUAUUCUACUAGUAAUCAAAAUUAAGUAGAGGCCACUAGAUGGUAGUAAAGAAUGUUGUUUUGUAAUUUAGGAGAACUGACUCUUUAAAUCUUCCUCCUGACAGACAGUAGUCGGUAAUGUGUUCCAGACAUGGACAAAGUAAACCUUUUAAAUGGGUCCCCAGUGGAAUGGAUUGUUGGAGCCACUGUGCGAACAGAUCCAUGCUCACGUCGAUCCUUUUAAAUGAAGUUUGCCAUCAUUCUUGUGGAUUUUUAUAGGCUUAAAUUAGUGUCAUAGUAAUUUAACAAAAUCUCCCAAAAAUCAACAAAAACGAAAAUAAACUGAAAGCAAAAAAAUGAGGUCAAAGGCAGACGUAAUGGUAAAAUUAUACAAGAGGGCUAAAUUUGAUUUCUUUGUCUUCUGCUGUCACUUUUCCAGUUUCACGGCUGAAUUUUUUCUAUUCAUGACACAAACUACGAGUGGCACAUUGGUAUUUUCCCAUGACUCGUGCGGUUACUACAAAAUGCAUGACACUUCUGAACUUGAAAAUAUCUAAUCAACAAAUUUUAAAAAUUAUAUAUAAAAUGAGAUGCUUAAUGAAUUCAGCCACCUGAAGUCAUUCACUACUUAAAGCUAAAGCAUAAAAUACUAUACAAGUUUAGAAAUAUUCUCCUUCAAAAACAUCAAUUUCAACAUGAGUGUUCUUCUUACAAUCUUGUGUUAACACGUGUCAGGCAGAAAGUAUCUCUGCUGAUAACACAGCGCUACCUCCCCAUCGGACGGUUACUUCUAGACACAAAGGUCAAUGGAAGUGCAACAAACUGUGUGGUUAUCACAGGUUGUCCUGACAAAGUAAAAGUGGCAGAAGCCUCAGCAGUGUACAGACUCAUGCUUUCGGAUUAACAACAUGUUAGCUUCAGUCAGCCUGAGAUCGAUUAACACAACCUUCCUUAUAAUCAAAGACAAAUUUAAAAGACUCUUAAGAAAUCAAAUGUGGCACUUUUGCAUAUCUAAAACAUGUCAGCUCAUUUUUUGCCUUCAGUUAGCUUAUUAUUUUUUGUUCGAUUCUUGGGAGAUUUUGUUCAUUUAUUAUGACAGCCCUAUAGGUUUUUGGUCUAUUAUGGUUGUGAAAAUAUUUAACAUUUGCCACAUUCUGCCUUCUUUCCUGCUAGUAAUGAUUCUGACUUCUAUCUUGCAGUCUUACAAAUAGGGAUGCACUGAUGCUGCUCUUACUUUCCUGAUACCAGCAUCUGGUUGUCCACUCAGUGCUGAUUCCCACUCGUACACCACUUAGACACAACGCAUCCAGGAACUCUCUGGGGUUAUUUUCAUGUAAAAUAACAUGAGGUGGGGGAAGGCUGUGGCACCAGAAUCUGAGAUCGUAGCCUACUCUGGCUAGCUGAUGGAUUAAUGCUGAAUAUUUACAAUGGAUUUGACAUUAAAAUGACAGUAUUAGGCCUGAUAUUGAUCAGUGCAUCCCUAAGAUCCAGAACUAUUCAAAUGACUGUGUUGUAUUUGAGUCUGCCAUGACUGACUCUGGAGUAUCCCUGUUAUAUUACAACAUAAAAGACCAAAAAAGUCACACUGCAGUUUAAUCAUGUGUUCAAAGUGAUUUUAAUACCUACAUGUUGCCCAAGUGUGGAACAUCGUCCCUGAUUCCUCUCUGAUACAUGCUCGACACAAACAAAGUCUCUGUCAGAAGGCAGAGAUGCAUUUUAUUUUCGGCCCGAACAAGCCAGGAGGUUUCUGUUUGCUCCACCAAACAGAAUCCGAUCCACAGUCAGAACGCCAGCUGUCUUUGGUUGUGGCAAGUUUUUGCUGAAUCAUUCAAGGAAAUGAAAUGCUUUCAGUCAGUACCAAUGUUAACCUCAAUCUGUCCGUGCAGAAAAACAUGGUCGUCAGAAUGUUUUUGACAGACUGUCAACAACCACGUUGUAACAUAUGUUCAUUCUCCCCUCUCCCCUUUUUCUAUCGUUUUUUUUUCUUUUUUUGAAGAAAGGUUUAGCCUCCCACAGUCGUCUCCCACCAACCUCCCUGUUAGCGUGUGCAUGAACACUUGCCAGUGAAUCAGCUCCUGUGGUGUUUUCAUGUUGUGAGCAUGUGCCAAAUUCAAUUCACAAUUACACGACUAUUUGGGAAAGCUAUGAAAUGAAAUUCUUCACACAAAAAAACAAACAUCUCUGGCUUGGCUUGAAAAUCAUCUUUGCUGUGGGAAACCUGUUAAAUCCUGUGUGGAGUUAAAGGGAAGCUCUGUGUAAAACAUGUCUGCAGCAGCUGGUCUGUAGUUCUGCACUAUUCUGACUACUUCAAAGCAUUUAACAAAGUAUUAACUGUCACCAUUCACAUUUACACAAGUACUAAAAAGGCUGAAUUGCACUUUGUAUUUAUCAUUUAAGAUUUUCUUCUGUGUGAACUGUUCUGUUCCAAGAUGUGCAUUUUAUUCUUCUAUUCUUUGUUUACAUGGUAUUGUAUGUAUCCUUUGUUAUUUCUGAAUGCAUGGUACAGAUGAAGGCUAGUUUAGUCAUGUGUGUGAAGCUCUGCUGAGAUGAUGGUGCCAUGUGUCGCUGGUGAGAGUGACGGUGGAGAUGAUUUGUUUUUUACAGAAAUUUGAAUUCUUUCUAAAUAUUCUGAAGAUCUUUCAGCACAUGAACAGAGAAUAAAUGCUUCUCUGUUGCAAUGCAAAAAUUGUGUUUGCUUCUUAUUUGGGAUGCUUUUUCCCGCUCAAGGAGCUAUUAUGGUGUGUUUUCUGAUAUUGAAAUGUUAUAGAAACCGUUUCUAUUUUCCCUUCAUGCACUUCUUUGCCCACAUGACCCUCACAUCUUGCAUUUUCCCUUCAUCCUUGUUUUCCAUCUGCUCCCCCUUUUACUGUGUGUAAUCUGGCUAUUUCCCAUGCAGUGUCUUCUCCACACUCAUGCAUUUUGCUUUGGUUGAUAACCCGCUCUGCCAAAAAGCUUUCUGAAGCAGACAGCUCUAUAUAGUCUUGACAGAGGUAAGCUUGCUAAAGAGGUCACAUUAGCUGUCCCAUCCAGCUGAACAAGUCGCCAGCAUGCUGGUUUCGAUCAGAAGGCCAAAGUGCGCUUUCAGUCCAUUUUUUUGCUGUGUUCUAAUUCAACCAAACUUUGGGAAUGAAUGAGUGAGCUGUGUGUACUGUGAUGCAUGCGUCACACUUUGAUUUUUGAAAUGCAUGUGCGUCAUUUUGUACAGUGUUAUAGAAUCUUGGGCAUGUUUCUUUGAAAACAAAUGAACUUAAAUUGAUACUUUUAAGGACAGAGCUGAGACUUAAUACAACAUCAAAUGUAUUUAAUGUAGAUUCAGAGUCAGUGGUUGCUGUAGCCUCUCCUGUCUGUAACUCGCUGUGACGUGAUCCUUCCACAACUACACUGUAAAAGACUGCGGUAAAGUGUGAACCAAAGUGCAGCUGAAGCUGAUAUUCCACUGUCUUACCUAUUGAAGAGCAAAUCUUUGCUAAAUAUUACUCCAUGUCCAUCAGCAAAUACAUAAUUCUGAGGAACCAACUUAAGCAAUAUUUUUGAAAAUAACCACAAUUAGUUUGUGUGUUUCUGUGUGUUUAUGUACACUACUGUUGAAAAGUUAGGGUUCACCCAGACAAUUUCAUGUAUUUCAUGAAAACUCACACUUUUAUUCAUGUGCUAACAUAACUGUACAAGGGUUUUCUAAUCAUCAGUGAGUCUUUCAACACCAUUAGCUAACACAAUGUAGCAUUAGAACACAGGAGUGAUGGUUGCUGGAAAUGUUCCUCUGUAUCCCUAUGGAGAUAUUCCAUUAAAAAUCUGCUGUUUCCAGCUACAAUAGUCAUUUACCACAUUAACAGUGUCUAGACUGGAUUUAUCAUUCAUUUAAUGUUAUCUACAUUGGAUAAAAAAAAAUGCUUUUCUUUCAACAAUAAGGACAUUUCUAAGCGACCCCAACCUUUUGAACGGUAGUGUAUGAAGCUACAACCAGCUGCUUAGCUUAGCAUAAAGAUUUUAGAGAACUGCUAACCAGGUUUUGGUAAAAAGCAAAAAUAAAAAUCCACUUAUGAAGACUUCUAAAGCUCAUUGACAUGAUGUAUCUGAUUUGUUUAAUUUGUUCAAAAACUGAAGUGUACUUUGAACACAACCCAUGCAGCCUUGGUGUCGAAUCCAAAACACUUCUGCAUAAGGUUUGGUGUCAGAAAAACUCUCAUUUUCAGUAAAGACAGACCCUGUCACAGUGCAUUUUGAGGAUCAUCACAGAUCUCAUAUUGAAUUUUAUCUCCUAUAUUGGAAUUCCAAAUAAAACGUGACCUCCUAGUAUUGUCCAAAGUUAGUCUUUCUAGUACUAAAUUCAACCUUCCUUACUCUUAUUAUGCCAUAUCAGACAGUCAACCUUGGUAGCUGCACUUUUCGAGGUGUUAAAUUUCUUUUUCCUCAGAUAUUUGUUUCCCCUUACAUAUACUUCCCAACAAUCAAACCCUAAACCAUCAAGAAAAGGCCCGACAGUGACAUGUUCAGAUGGCCAGUGGUUCAAAACCCAAAGAUAUUCAGUUUACUAAAAUAUGACAUUUUAAAGGCUGGAAGCUUCUGCCAACCGUCCAUCGGUAUCUGUACAGUGGACAAGAGCAGUAAUUUCUUAAACAACCACCAGCACAUUUAUUAGAGAGGUCCAGUUUAGCAGCUGAGAUCAUGUCUCAGUAUCAGUCUUAGUGUUUCUAGAAGGAAGUUGGAGCUUUUCCAAAGGGGCUUGGUUGGAGCCAGUGGCCACCGUCAGGGUCAAGUUCCGGUAGUUUCUGCUUGGUUGGGAUUAAGCAGUGCUGGUGUUUAAUGAGGAAAUGAGACUUUAACACAAGUUAUGGGCAAAACAGCAGUGAUUCAUGAUAGGAGGAAGAGGCCUUCUCACUUUGACUACACAGUCCUGAAGUAUCAUGUUAACUUCAGCUGGACUUCAGGAUACAGUUUGCAAACAUCGUCAUCUAAGUCAAAAUCAAAAUGUGUCCAGUUCUCAUCAGCCUCAGCUCUGCUUUGUGUUUAAUGCUAAUUAAAUAGUAGAGCCGCUGUAGACACAAAACGAGGGCUGUGGGUUUUGCCCCAUAUUUUCACAGUGUAGUCAGACUAGGAAGGUGUCACUUCAUGCCUGGUAUGAAAUGGAGAAAUAAUCAGCAAACAGGAAAACUUUGAACAUGCAUAGGAUAAAUUAGUAUUAGGAUUCAAACAUAUCCUUAGAAUUUUAAUUUGAAGACUUAUUUUGUGUCUGCGUAUGUUUUAGUCUGAGAAACUAGCCCAAAAGCAGAGUCAUUAUGUGUUAAUAUAACGUUGUGUUGUGAUUGAUAGUGCAUGCAGACGAACACAUCCGGUGCUUUUUUUUUUUUUUUU